AUGGCUUAUGAAUCACGUUAUGAUCCUGAUAUAAUUCCAAAAGAUGGUAAAAAUAAUAGAGCUUGUUUGUUAUGUGGAUUAGUCAAGUCUGUCAACUCAUUUAUGAUAGAUGGUUGUGAAAAUUGUGAAGACUACCUCGCGUUAAAAGGUGAUGAAGAUCGUAUACGUUGUUGUACUAGUGCAAAUCAUCAAGGAACAAUACUUGUUUUAGAUCCAUCUGAUUCAUUUAUUUGUAAAUAUCAUAAUAUUGAAAAAGUUGUACCAGGACAAUAUGCUAUGUCAGUUUGUGGGACAUUGCCAAGAGAUAUUAUAAGUGAAUUAAGAAGAUAUGGUAUAAAAUAUAAGCCACAUUCAAGAGACAUUGCUAAUGCAUAA